GCCCCUUAAACCCUGAAAUCUGAAUCUCACAGUAGGACAAAGCAAAUUUGAGUGAUGGCGAGGCGCUGUAUAUCGAUAUCUCGAACUCUUCUCUCCACCGGACCAUCAACCACACUCAGUUCCUCUCCAACUUUACAAUCUCUUCUCGGCCAGCGCAUUCAAUCUCGCCGUUCUCUUUCCACUAUCCUCACCAGGACUAACGGAGUACUUGGCUGCGCUCAAUCCCUGUUACCGCUUCACAGCGUGGUGGCAGCUACCCGUCUGACAUCACACAUCCAAAUGGAGGCGCGCACUUGUUGCCAGUUGUCUCAGGUGGACCAUUCUGCUCGACACUAUAACUUCUGCAAGGGAAAAGUGACAAAGUUAGCAAGCACGAUUAAUACAUGCAAAUUGUUAUCCAGCUGACGUUCCCAGUAGCUUGUGUUCACCUUCAAAUGCUUUGCCCCCCAUUACUGAGGUCAAGGGACUUGUGACUUUGAUUACAGGUCGAGCCUUGCAACAAGUGAACUAACUUUGGUAUUUAAGUGGAGAAGGGUAGAGGGACACCUGUCCUUGAGUUUCAAAGGGCGUGGUUUGCUCCAAACAAAUUUCGUGCUCAUCACAAAAAAAAAAAAAGUUGGUCAUUUUUGUCCACUUGGAUGAAAAACUUCUUUGGAUGAAAAAACAUUUUUCUUAAAAAAAUGAAAGACGUUCUGGAGUGAGGUUUCUAUCGGCGAAUUCCGGAGCUGAAAUCUAUUAUAUGCAGCUACCUAACUAUGAUGCUGAAAUUGAUACAGAUGUUUUCGUGGUCAACAAUUGUGAGUUCUUUAGUCUCGCUCGGUUGGUUCAAAGUAUUGGGCCUUUUGAUUGUGCUUUCACCCAUUAGCUGAGUAAUCACUUUCCACAAUAUCUGGUCAAGUGGGGCUUUUUCAUGUGUCAUUUGACUCAAAACAUUUGACUUGUUAAUUAAUGCAAGGUACACGUUUUGUCUUUGAGCAA